AUGCGGGCUUCAAGAAGGCAAACCAGCCGCAGUGCAAGCAGGAGCUUAAGCUGGAGUACAGAAGAUUUCUUUUCUGCUGCCACGCCGGGGAGGAGCAACCAGGCUGAGGAAGAUGAAGAAGCCUUGAAAUGGGCUGCUCUAGAGAAGUUACCAACCUACGACAGGCUGCGCAAAACUGUCCUAAAAUCCUUCUUGGAAAAUGGCAAUGGAGGGAAUAAUAAGGUUGUACACAAUGAAAUUGAUGUAAGAAAGCUUGACAUGAAUGAUAAACAAGAGUUCAUUGAUAGGAUUUUUAAGGUUGCAGAGGAAGAUAAUGAGAAGUUCUUGAAAAAGCUCAGAAAACGAAUUGACAAAGUUGGGAUUAACCUUCCGACAGUAGAAGUUAGGUUCAAGAAGUUAACUGUCGAGGCAGAUUGUUUCAUAGGCGACAGAGCUCUUCCGACACUGCUAAAUGCAACUCGUAAUAUUGCUGAGACAGCAUUGAGUUGUUUUGGGAUCAGAUUGGCUGACAGAACAAAACUCACUAUACUAAAAGAUGCUUCUGGGAUUAUAAAACCAUCUAGAAUGACUCUCCUAUUGGGGCCACCAUCUUCUGGGAAGACAACCCUUCUGUUGGCUCUGGCUGCAAAAUUAGACCCUUCCUUAAAGACCGUUGGAGAAAUUACUUACAAUGGACAUAGGCUAAAGGAAUUUGUCCCACAGAAGACAUCUGCAUACAUUAGCCAAAAUGAUGUUCAUAUUGGAGAAAUUACUGUCAAAGAAACUCUAGAUUUCUCUGCAAGGUGCCAAGGGAUCGGUUCUCGAUAUGAACUUUUGAAGGAGCUUGCUAGGAGGGAAAGAGAUGCUGGGAUUUAUCCAGAGGCAGAGGUGGAUCUUUUUAUGAAGGCAACCGCAGCGGAGGGAGUUGAGAGCAGCCUUAUUACAGACUACACUCUCAGGAUACUGGGACUUGAUGUGUGUCGAGAUACCAUUAUUGGAGAUGCAAUGAUACGAGGGAUUUCUGGAGGCCAAAAGAAGCGUGUGACAACAGGGGAGAUGAUUGUUGGGCCAACGAAAACAUUAUUUAUGGACGAAAUAUCAACAGGACUGGACAGCUCCACAACAUUUCAGAUAGUGAAGUGCUUGCAACAAAUUGUACACCUCACAGAGACCACGAUCUUGAUGUCGCUCCUCCAGCCAGCGCCGGAGACAUUUGACCUCUUCGAUGAUAUUAUUCUUUUAUCAGAAGGCCAGAUUGUCUAUCAGGGUCCACGAGAGCAUGUCCUUGAGUUCUUUGAGAAUUGUGGGUUCAAGUGCCCGGAGAGAAAGGGCACUGCUGAUUUCUUGCAAGAGGUGACAUCAAGAAAAGACCAGGAGCAAUACUGGGCAGAUAGAAGCAAGCCAUACAAACAAAUUCCAGUGAGUGAAUUUGCCGAAAAAUUCAAGAGCUUCCACGUGGGUCAACAGCUUAAUAACGAACUAUCAGUCCCUUACAACAAGAGCCGAAGUCACAAAGCAGCUCUCGAGUACAAAAAGUAUUCAGUACCAAAAAAAGAGCUUCUCAAAGCCAACUUUGACAAGGAAUGGCUUCUGAUCAAAAGAAACUCUUUCUUCUACGUUUUCAAGACUGUACAAAUCAUUAUUGUGGCAAUCAUUACAUCAACUGUGUUUUUGAGGACUACAUUACAUGCUAGGAACGAAGAUGAUGGGGCUGUCUAUAUUGGUGCGCUAUUGUUUGGCAUUAUAUGCAAUACUUUCAAUGGUUUUGCCGAGGUAUCACUCGCUAUACAGAGACUUUCAGUCUUCUACAAGCACAGAGAUUUACUCUUUCACCCACCUUGGGCUUUCACUCUACCCAAUUUUCUUCUGAGGAUACCAAUAUCACUGUUCGAGUCCAUUGUCUGGACCGUCAUAACAUACUACACCAUAGGAUUUGCCCCUGAAGCUAGCAGGUUUUUCAAGCAACUAUUGCUAAUAUUUAUGAUCCAGCAAAUGGCUGCGGGGAUGUUUAGGCUCAUUGCAGGAAUAUGCAGGACAAUGGUUUUAUCAAACACUGGUGGUUCUCUUACACUUCUCGUUGUGUUCCUUUUGGGGGGUUUCAUCCUUCCGAGAGAUCAAAUUCCUGUGUGGUGGAGAUGGGGUUACUGGGUUUCACCACUGACCUAUGCUUACAAUGCCAUCGUAGUAAAUGAGAUGUUUGCUCCAAGAUGGAUGGACAAAUUGGCCUCAGACAAUGAUACAAGGUUGGGACUAGCUGUGCUGAAUAAUUUCAAUAUCUUCCCAGAAAGAAACUGGUACUGGAUAGGCAUAGCAGUCCUCUUCGGGUUCACAAUUUUCUUCAAUGUCCUUUUCACUUUUUCCCUUAUGUACCUUAACCCUAUUGGGAAGCCACAAGCUAUAAUAUCCAAAGAGCAGGCAAGGGAAAUGGAGGAAACACCGCCACCUAGAACAACAAAGUCGAAGAAAGGUUCACUCCCUGGGAAUUACACAAAGGAAAUAGCAAUCCAGCGAAUGAGCAUCCGUGCCCCUGCCGGAGGCCAUUCAAAUCUUGAGGCCUCGAGAGAUUUUGCUCCUAAAAGAGGAAUGGUUCUUCCUUUCACACCUCUAGCUAUGUCCUUUGAUGGUGUAAAUUACUUCGUGGAUAUGCCCCCAGAAAUGAAGGAACAAGGAGUGACAGAGGACAAACUCCAAUUACUUCGUGAAGUAACUGGUGCAUUUAGGCCAGGAGUUUUAACUGCAUUAAUGGGAGUAAGUGGAGCAGGAAAAACUACCCUAAUGGAUGUUUUGGCUGGUCGAAAGACAGGUGGUUAUAUUGAAGGCGACAUUAGAAUCUCUGGAUUUCCAAAGAUACAAGAAACCUUUGCCAGAAUUUGUGGAUACUGUGAACAAAAUGAUGUCCACUCACCUCAAGUAACUGUCUUUGAAUCUUUAAUUUACUCGGCCUUUCUUCGGCUCCCAAAAGAAGUUAUCAAGGAGCAAAAGAUGACUUUUGUGGAAGAAGUGAUGGGUUUAGUUGAACUAGACAAUCUCAAGGAAGCUAUUGUGGGGAUUCCAGGAGUUACUGGAUUGUCAACAGAACAGAGAAAGAGAUUGACAAUAGCGGUUGAACUUGUUGCUAACCCCUCAAUUAUAUUUAUGGAUGAACCGACUUCUGGUUUAGACGCAAGAGCAGCAGCAAUUGUCAUGAGGACUGUAAGAAACACGGUGGACACAGGAAGAACGGUUGUUUGUACUAUCCAUCAGCCUAGCAUUGAUAUCUUCGAAGCAUUUGAUGAGCUGCUUCUCUUGAAGAGAGGGGGUCAAAUGAUCUAUGCAGGACCAUUGGGCCAGCAUUCCCGUAGAAUCAUCGAAUACUUUGAGGCAAUUCCAGGAGUCCCAAAGAUUAACGAGAAAUAUAACCCGGCAACAUGGAUGCUGGAAGUGAGCUCAGUGGCUGCAGAAACCCGACUUGGGAUUGAUUUUGCUACACAUUACAAAUCGACAACAUUAUAUGAGCAAAAUAAAGCUCUAGUAAAAGAGUUGGGCAAACCAUCUCCCGGGGCAACAGACAUAUAUUUUCCCACACGGUAUUCUCAGCCCACAUGGAACCAAUUCAAGUCCUGCCUCUGGAAGCAAUGGUGGACUUACUGGAGAAGUCCUGAUUAUAAUCUAGUUAGACACUUCUUUACCUUGGCUUGUGCACUAGUGGUUGGUACAAUUUUUUGGAGAGUCGGCACGAAAAGAGAAAACAAUACGGAUCUUUUGACGAUUAUCGGAACCAUGUAUACCUCUGUGUUGUUUGUUGGAGUUAGUAAUUGCUCAACAGUACAGCCAGUAGUAGCUAUAGAGAGAACCGUGUUUUAUAGGGAACGAGCAGCAGGAAUGUACUCGGCAUUACCAUAUGCCAUGGCACAGGUCGUCGUAGAAAUACCUUACGUACUUCUCCAGACUACCUAUUAUACUCUUAUAGUGUAUGGAAUGGUGAGCUUUGAAUGGACAUUGGCUAAAUUCUUCUGGUUCUUCUUCGUGACCUUUUUCUCAUUUCUCUACUUCACAUACUACGGAAUGAUGGCUGUUUCCCUCACACCAAACCACCAAGUGGCAGCAAUAUUUGUAGCAGCUUUUUCUUCACUUUUCAAUAUAUUCUCUGGUUUCUUCAUCCCCAGACCAAAAAUCCCAAAGUGGUGGAUAUGGUAUUACUGGAUUUGCCCUGUGGCGUGGACAGUAUACGGACUGAUUAUAGGCCAGUAUGGAGAUGUGGAAGACACCAUUAAAGUUCCCGGGAUGACCUUUGAACCGAUGAUCAAAAUCUACAUUCAAGAACACUUUGGAUAUGAUCCCAACUUCAAGGGACCAGUUGCUGCAGUUUUGGUAGGUUUCGCAGUCUUGUUUGCAUUCAUCUAUGCCUAUUGCAUUAAAAGACUGAACUUCCAAAUGAGGUAG